UCGGACUGGCGGCACUUGGAGCAGGUGAAGAAGCAUCUUUGUUCCGGCUGUUGCUGCUGCUCUUUCUCCAAACGUGGGUCUGAGUCAGGAAAGGACAAGCAUUCUUCCUUUGCCGCUAGAGCUCCAGUGAACUGUUGCCCAGAUCCUAGGCACUUCAUAUAUUUCAUCUCACCCAUUAUUCCGUUUUCACUGUGUAAAUCACCUGCACAUUUGUAAUCCUGUGAAUCUUCCGCUCAAUGCCCAGAGCAGGGAUUGAAAAGGAAUUUCAAGUGUUUGAAAGAGGGCCCCCGCGGUCUGCGGGGAGCUGUCUGUGGUGCUGAAGCGUUCCAGGCGUUUGUCUCCACCACCACACGGAGUUAGACUGCACAUUUGCAUUCCCGGCUUUCUCAUUCCCCCACACUUUGGAUAAGACUAAUAUCAGGAUCGUGAAUAUCUCUUCAUAUCAUGGCCCCCGUGAGACACUUUCGGACAUUAGUUUCGGGAUUUUAUUUCUGGGAAGCAGCACUAUUACUCAGUUUGGUUGCAACAAAGGAAACAGAUAGUGCAAGAUCUCGAAGUGCUCCAAUGUCACCUUCUGACUUUUUGGAUAAAUUAAUGGGGAGGACAUCGGGGUACGAUGCAAGAAUCAGACCCAAUUUUAAAGGCCCUCCAGUUAAUGUCACAUGCAACAUAUUCAUAAACAGCUUUGGCUCUAUCGCUGAGACAACCAUGCUGCAGUUUCCCAGCCAUGGAUUUCCAACCACAGACGUGUGGUUGGUUGAAUCGUGGAUACAAAAUGAUGGAUGCGAAAGACUGGCUGGAGUUAAGUUUUGGGAUUACAGGGUAAAUAUCUUCCUUCGCCAGAAGUGGAACGAUCCUCGCCUUGCAUACAGUGAAUAUCCUGAUGACUCUUUAGACCUAGACCCUUCCAUGUUGGAUUCCAUUUGGAAACCUGAUUUGUUCUUUGCCAAUGAAAAGGGUGCCAACUUUCACGAAGUUACUACAGACAACAAAUUGUUAAGAAUUUUCAAGAAUGGAAAUGUUCUUUAUUCAAUAAGAUUGACAUUAACGCUUUCCUGUCCAAUGGAUCUCAAGAAUUUUCCAAUGGAUGUGCAAACAUGUAUAAUGCAACUGGAGAGCUUUGGAUAUACAAUGAAUGAUCUCAUUUUUGAAUGGCAAGAUGAGGCACCUGUACAAGUGGCAGAAGGACUCACUCUGCCCCAGUUUCUGUUGAAAGAAGAGAAAGAUUUACGAUACUGCACUAAACAUUACAACACAGGAAAGUUUACAUGUAUAGAAGUGCGAUUCCAUCUUGAACGACAAAUGGGAUACUAUCUGAUCCAGAUGUACAUUCCCAGUCUCCUGAUCGUUAUUCUAUCCUGGGUUUCAUUCUGGAUCAAUAUGGAUGCUGCUCCAGCCAGGGUAGCUUUGGGAAUAACUACUGUGCUGACUAUGACCACACAGAGUUCAGGAUCACGAGCUUCCUUACCAAAGGUUUCAUAUGUCAAAGCUAUUGACAUUUGGAUGGCAGUAUGCCUCCUUUUUGUGUUUUCAGCACUUUUGGAAUAUGCAGCUGUAAAUUUUGUAUCAAGACAACACAAGGAACUUCUGCGAUUUCGACGAAAGAGAAAGAAUAAGGAUGAUGAGGUAAGGGAAAGUCGAUUCAGCUUUGCAGCCUAUGGAAUGGGACCGUGUCUGCAAGCAAAAGACGGCGUGACCCCCAAGGGCCCAAACCAUCCUGUCCAGGUGAUGCCGAAAAGCCCUGAUGAAAUGAGGAAGGUCUUUGUUGACAGGGCCAAGAAGAUCGAUACCAUCUCCAGAGCCUGCUUCCCAUUAGCCUUUUUGAUUUUUAAUAUUUUCUACUGGGUUAUCUAUAAAAUUCUUAGACAUGAGGAUGUUCAUCAGCAGUAAGAUUAAGUCUCUGGGGACAUCAAGUGCAAACAGUCAAUUCAAAAGUAAGUGUCUUUGCCGUAGGUGUGUGUGCGUGUGUGUUUGUGUGUGUAUGUGUGUAUACAGUGUCAAUGAUGACCAUUGUAUUAAAACGGCAUAGAGUAAGGUAUUAUUAUGAUUUGCUGUGCAAAGUCAUGAGGCAGAUUAAAACUCUUUUAAUGGAUAUGACAUAUAUAUAUAUACAUAUACACAUAUAUGUGUAAAAUGGACAUUCUAUUUCAUAUUAAUUUUAGAGUAUCUGCUCUUUCACAGUAAAUCAUAUAAGUGGAAGUAUUACUGCCAAUGUGUUUGUAUGUUAUAUAAUAUCAUGUACUAGUACAUGUGAAAACUACUUUGGAUUCCUUGAUUUUUAAUUCAAUAACAUUAAAUCUUACAACAGAAAAUUUGCACAAUAAACUUUAUAAAAGGAAAAAGGAGAAAUGUUGAAGAUAAAAAAAGAUCAACACCUUGAGGCUUUAAAAUAUUUUCUUAUACUGUAGUUACAAAAUAGAAAAAUAAUCAGUUAAUUCAGUGGAAAACUCAAAUCAAUUAAUAGAGAACUAUAUAUACAAAUACUAUUGGACCAACUUAUAUAAU